UGUAGUGUUUUAGUGGAAAUAAUUGUACUACGUUGGUGUAGUGACAGAAGUAUUUACAAGGAAUUUCCAAAAUUCCGCUCCAAUGGCGCCGAAGGUAGAUCAAGGUACUAUCAUUAUCCUAGACGUAGGAAGAAAUGUAUCAUCACCAGAAGAGGCAGAAGAUAAAAAAGAGUCCGCACCUGCAGAAGAUAAUAGAACUUUCUUUCUGAAAGCCAAAGAAUGCGCUGCUCGUAUCAUAGAACGCAAGAUAAUGACCCAGGCUAAGAACUUUGUGGGUGUCACGUUAUUAGGGUCCAAGAAAACCAACAACAAAAUGGCUGAGGAAGUUGGGGGAGCUUUCAGGCACAUUGAUGUUCUAUCCCCACUGCAAACCCCUACAUGGCAAAUGAUAAGAGAUCUUCCAGAGGAGCCAUCUUUAAAAAGCAGAGGUGAUUGGUUUGAUGCCCUAAUUGUGGCUGCAGAUCAGUUCAAGGACGAAAUGGAACGAGCAAAUAUUCUGAACAAGAAGAUUAUUCUGAUGACUAACUUCCAGUCACCUGCCAAAAUUAAUGAUGACCAGGUUGAAAUGGUUGUAAACGGAUUCAAGGAGGAGAAUUUUGAAGUUGAUGUCAUUGGUCUCGAUCUUACUGAUGAAAGUCAUAAAGGGGAUGACAUUGACUUGGCACGCCAUUUUGUAGAAGUGACCAAAGGUGCUACAGCUACAUUUGAUUAUGCCAUGAGAUAUUUGCUCUUUCAUAAAAAGAAGGCUACCAGUUCUGCAUGGCAUUGGAAUGUAGAAUUGAGCAUUGGCCCUAACAUUAAAAUUCCAAUCUCUGCAUUUAUCAGAACGAAAGAUGAACCUGUUGUAAAACCUUGGAAGAAAGCCAUCAGAGAUCCUGUCACAUCUACUUCUAGCACUACUGAAGGGGUUAUGAGAAACAAAGUUUUGGUAAACACUGAAAACUAUAGCACAGUAGAAGCUGUAGAUAUUGUAAAAGGCUACCAUUAUGGCCAGCAAAUAAUUCCAUUAUCUGAAUUUGAUAAAUCUAUGCUCUAUGAACCAGGCGAGAAGUCCUUAUCUGUUUAUGGGUUUACUCAUGCUGAUAAUAUUCAAUGGCAAAAUCUUAAUGGAGAUGGCCUGCAAUAUAUAUUUGGAAGGAUAUCAGACAAAAAAGCUCAGUACGCAAUAAGAUGCCUGGUCGAGAGCCUGCACGAGUUAAAUUUAGUUGGGCUUGUAAGAAGAGUAUUCAACAAUGGAAACGCUCCUAAGAUGUUUGCUUUAAUGCCAGUGAUAGAUCCAAUAGAAGACUUUCUUUGUUUAUCUAUGGCAGGAAUUUGUUUUAAAGAAGAUAUUAAAAAUAUGGCAUUUCCUCAAACAAAAUUUAAGAAAUUUGCCUGUUCCAAUGAGCAAGUUAAUGCUUUCAAAGAUCUCAUUCAAGCCAUGGAUCUAACUUCAGCCUAUGAUGACACCUUUGAUGAUACUGAAGCAUUUCCCAUUGCAGAGACGGUCAGUCCCACCAUUCAGUAUGUUCUUGACUGUAUUGCAUACAGAGCAAUGAACCCAGGCAAGCCUCUACCGGAGCCUAGAGAUGACAUUAUGAUGUUGUUCAGAAUACCUCCAUUGAUUGAGGAAAGAUCUAGGGAUCCAAUAAAUAAACUGAAACAGUUAUUGCAGUUGAAAAAGGUAGAAGAAAAACCAAAAAGAAAAACUAAGGCCCAAGGAAGAAAUGAUGCUACCAUGCUGGACCAAUCUGGUAAUCAAGACCAAUCAAAUGGUGACUUAGAUAUGCCUAAAGUCCAACUGCCUGUACUGAACAAUAAAGGUCCAGUACGGAUUGGAACUAUAGAUCCCAUUGAUGAUUUCCAAACACUUGCAAAUAACGGCAAAACAUUAUCUGAUCUUGCUGCUGACAUGAUAGAUGCUAUAGAAAGCCUCGUCUAUUGUAACUUGGAUGGAAACUAUUCCAAAGCAUUCGGCGCCAUCGCCUUCUUCAGACAUGAAUGUGUGAAAGUAGAUCCAUCUACAUACAACACUUGGUUGCUUACAUUUAGAAAUGCACUUAUAUCUCGCAACAAUAUUGAUUUUGUCAACGCAAUCAAUGAAAAGAUGUUGAGUUUGAUUUUCAAGGACGAACAUCCUGCAAGUACUUAUGAUGCGGAGAAUAAUCAUGAAGACAGUCAACUGUAUGAGAAUGAUACUGUUCCUGAUGAUACAGAAUUGUCUAUCAAACCUGAAAUAAAUGAUUUGUAUGAUGAAAUGAUUUAGUUCAUUUGGUAUGGCUGUGUUACUUUUUUUUAUAUGAGGAAAAAUUUAUUUUGUUAUGAUGUGAAUAAAGAAGUUGGUUUAUAU